GGACACACCUUACUAUUGCUCGCGGACCUUUUUUUUUUUCUCUGUUUCUCAAAAGUCAGCUCUCUUCUAAGUUCGUCUUGCCGAUCCUUGACGCCCCCAUAGCGGACGGCGGCGGCGGCGGCGGUGCCUGACCAUGCUAUUACCCCCCACCUCCUCCUCCUCUUCCUUCCGCUUCUCUUUCCCCUUUCGCUAUUUCAACAACAACCACUAGACUCUCUUGUUCCUGCGGUUCGUUUCUUUUCACUCUUAAGUCACAUCCCCUAAUGGACCCUUCACUUCUUGACGAUAUUAUCAACCGUCUUCUCGAGGUCCGUGGCCGCGUCGGCAAGCAGGUUCAGUUGUCCGAGUCCGAGAUCCGACUACUCUGUCAAGUUUCUAGAGAGAUUUUCCUACAGCAGCCUAAUUUGUUGGAGCUUGAAGCGCCUAUCAAGAUUUGUGGUGACAUACAUGGGCAAUAUUCUGAUCUAUUAAGGCUUUUUGAAUAUGGUGGGUUGCCGCCUCAUGCUAACUACCUGUUUUUGGGGGAUUAUGUUGAUCGAGGCAAGCAAAGUAUUGAAACAAUAUGUCUUCUUCUGGCUUAUAAAAUAAAAUACCCAGAGAAUUUUUUCAUAUUGAGAGGGAACCAUGAAUGUGCUUCUAUAAACCGAAUAUACGGCUUUUAUGAUGAGUGUAAAAGAAGAUUUAAUGUUAGGAUAUGGAAGACAUUUACAGAUUGCUUUAACUGCCUGCCCGUGGCAGCUCUUAUUGAUGAAAAAAUUCUCUGCAUGCAUGGAGGUUUGUCUCCUGACCUGACUCAUUUGGAUAGAAUUAGAAAUAUGUCAAGACCAACCGAUGUACCGGACACGGGUUUGCUCUGUGAUCUUCUAUGGUCUGAUCCUAGUAAAGAUGUUCAAGGUUGGGGAAUGAACGACAGGGGUGUUUCGUUUACUUUUGGUGCUGACAAGGUGACGGAGUUUCUUCAGAAGCAUGAUUUGGAUCUCAUUUGUCGUGCACAUCAGGUUGUGGAGGAUGGAUAUGAGUUCUUCGCAAAUCGUCAACUUGUAACUAUUUUUUCAGCACCUAAUUACUGUGGGGAGUUCGAUAAUGCUGGUGCUAUGAUGAGUGUGGAUGAGACGCUUAUGUGUUCAUUUCAAAUACUAAAGCCCGCAGAUAAGAAGCCUAAGGUGACUUUUGGAAGCACUACUACCACAAAACCUGGAAACCCUCCAGCAGGGGUUAAGGCCUUCCUUGGUUCAAAAUGAUGAUUUGGUGAGGCACUUAAAAAGGAGGGCUUUUGCGGCCAGUUGAGUCUACAAAACUUGGAAGUUUUAACUUCUGGAGGAAACUAUAGGAGGAUUGAUCACUUGAUUCUAAACUUGAAUGUUGAAAAUUGUAUAAAAGAAAUUCAAAAUGAUUACAAAUACUGUUUUCCUCGAUGCAAAAUUUCAGUUAUCGAAGAUGGUAGGCUGCAAAAGCCUGCCUUUCUUCCCUUGUACACUAGUUGGCAGCGCCAUCGGUACACUAUCAGUGCUACAAAUUUUUACUGCAUGUGUUGUUGCCUAUUUAGAUAUGUUUCUCAUAUUUCUUUCUUGAUA